UGUAAUCAAUCGAGGUGAUUCAUUUCGCAGAAAAAGAUCGCGCAGCAACAGUUUGGCAAACAGCCCAAUGUCACCGAAUCCAUCGCCAUCUGUGUCAAAUCCUUUGUCAUCUCGGUCAUUCGGUCCAGUAGAAUCAUAUCGUGUACAUAUGCUUGGUGGACCAGGUGUUGGGAAAACUGCUUUAAUUACUCAGUUUUGUACAUCCGAUGCAAUCAAUGCUUACGAGGAUACAGAAUCUACGGUCGAACAAAACGUAUCAGUCAUCUUGAAUGGCGUUGAAUCUGAGCUGAAAUUUGUGAUUGGACAGAAGGGAACUAAGGAGGAAUACAUUAAGGCUGAUGCCUUCAUUUUGGUUUACUCAUGUGUUGAUAAAGCAUCAUUCACCCGUGUCGAGCAGCUGUUGAUGUCAAUCCAAGAUUUGGACUUGAUUCGUACCCGCCCUGUGAUUAUAGUUGCCAACAAAAUUGAUUUGGCUCGUUCGAGAGCAGUUUCAUCACAAGAUGGAAAAUGUUUAGCGUGUACAUAUCGAGCAAAAUAUGUUGAAGUAAGUGUCGGUAUUAAUCACAAUGUUGACGAGCUAUUAGCAGGAACUUUAACUCAGAUCCGCCUCAAAAAAGAGCAAAAUGCAUUGCAAAGUGGACGAGAGAGCUCUCCAGCCCAUUGGUACAAAAAUCGCAGUGUUGUGAAAGCUAGUAUGAAGGCGCGUCAAAUGAUCACAUGGAUUUUGGGCAAAGAAGAUUCCAAAUUCAAAAACUGUGAAAACCUGCAAGUUUUGUAAACUGUAACAUACUUUAUUUCUGAAAUGGCAAAUGCUUUUUUUCCAGAUUUGUGUAAAAAAUGACCCAAAAAAAAAAACAAUAUCAUGAAAUUGGUUUUGAAAUUUACUUAUUUAAAACCAGAAGAAAUAAAAUCAUACUAGUAUUGAAA